AUGGCAGGCAACAGAGAUCUCAAAAUGAAAGGUCCACUCACGGAGGAAGAAUCACAAAUUGCGAAGGAUGCUUACCAGAGGGGUAAGUUCGACACCAUGAAGCAUUACAGGGCUAUGUUGAUUAUGUGUCGAGACCAGACAAGAGCAUUGAAGAAAGGCAUUUGGUUGAACUCAAUAAGGUUCGCCUAG